UGAAAAAACCAUUCACCACAAGGUUGUGUGAUUUGUUUUAUUUUGUCUAUUUAGGUAGUAUUUCUUCGGAUUCAAAUGAGUAAUAACGGUGGUUUAUAACUGCUUAGAAUCUCUGAAAGUGCACAAAUGUGGGAAAAUGAAACAAAGCCGCUGGACGCAGCUUCACGGGAUCCUCCAAAAAGUCCACUGAAAAAGUCUCAGAAAUAACCGGCAUUUUACUGAGACUAUAUUUCAUCACAUAUCAUCUCAUCUCAUUUCAUAUGAUUUCAUUUCUUUUCAUCUCAUUUCAUUCCAUGUCAUAAUAUCAUUUUUCAUAUAAAAAAUUAUAUAUAUGUAUAUAUAUAAGAUUAGGCCGUAUGGUAUGAUUCCUUUGCCUUUCCAAUUGGAAAAUAAAAUUACUACUACUUGACAGUUGACCAUUACUUAGGUUAGAUUUAAGAUUUCCAAUUAAAAAUAAAGUGAAAGAAAUUAAGAUAACAAUGAAUCAAGCAGAAGUUUCCAAACUUGUUUCAAAACUACGUAUGAAUAUUAAACCAGAACACCGUCGGUUAAAAAAUCUUAAAGGUCCUGAGGGCAGGAUUGAUAAAUUACGUAAAACAGUAACAGGAUUAAUAAAAUUCGAGAGAAUAGAAUUAAAUAUUAACCGAGGUGAUGAAGCUCGCCAAUAUGCAGAAAGGCUUAUAUCAGAAGCUAUCCGUCAUGGUGACUGUCACAAACCAACUAUGGACAUGGCCAAUUUUUGGCUUCUUGAAAAACAGCUUGUUCAUAAAUUAUUCAAAGUUUUGGUUCCAAGAUUUGAAAACUCGACAGUUUCUUAUACAAAAAUGAUUAAAGCACCUAAAGCUCAGAAUACUGAACAUACAAAUAAAAUUGUAUUAGAACUGCGAGGUAAUCCAUAUCCAGACUUAAUUGUCAAACAACCAAAUAAUAGAUUAUGGAUUCAAAAUGUAUUGCUCGAUGCUGCAAAAUAUGAUUAUAGGCAAUCAAAAAUUUCCGAAAUUGCCGCAAAUAUUGGUAAAGAUACCCAAUUAAGUUCAUCAAGUUUAACAGCAAAUAAUAAAGGGGGAACUCAAAAAGAAGAAAGUUGAAAUUGUUUAAAUUACCUUGUUAAUGAUUAAUUUAAUAAUAGAAUUUUUAACAAUAAAAAUUAAAAAUCGA